UCGCUCUCCCGUUUACCUUCUUGCCCGGCAAAUCCGCUUUUUCUUUCCCUUAUUGGGAGUUGCAGCUUCCCAAUCCAAAACCUUUGGGGAGAGAGAAGCCAUGGAAGGGGUUAUCCAGAGCAGAGGCCUUCUCUCUCUCCCCUCCAAUCCCCAAGCUCGCGCCUUUCACCCCCUCCGCUCUCUUGGCGCUCGCCUAUACCGCCGAAGCUCCCGCCCUACCUCCGCUCUCCCGCCGUCGAUAUCGGUUAGAGCCCAAAACCCCGUCGAAAUACGUCAUGGGUUUGGUUCCAAAACGCUGAACUCGUGGAAUCUAUCGGAAAGCUUGCUCUUUUCCGACUCUGUACGGAGAGCUCGAGAUGGGGUUCGGAUGAGUGACGUUACGCCCGGAGCUGCAGUUCCGGCGGACGGAGCUGGGUUUACGAGUCCUUCUUUGGAGAAGACCAAACCCAAGUUUCUGGGAGUCGAGACCACGACUUUAAAGAAGAUUGUCCCACUCGGUCUCAUGUUCUUUUGCAUCCUUUUCAACUAUACUAUUCUGAGGGAUACAAAGGAUGUGUUGGUGGUGACGGCGAAGGGGAGCAGUGCGGAGAUUAUCCCCUUUCUCAAGACAUGGGUUAAUCUGCCUAUGGCGGUUGGAUUCAUGUUAUUGUACACCAAGCUUUCUAAUGUUUUGUCAAAGGAGGCUCUUUUCUACACGGUUCUGCUUCCUUUCAUCGCUUUCUUUGGAGCAUUUGGUUUCAUCUUUUAUCCCUUGAAUAAUGUUAUCCAUCCCACGGCUCUUGCUGAUAAGCUUCUGGCUGCCCUCGGGCCGAGCUUCCUUGGUCCGGUGGCUAUUCUGAGGAUUUGGAGUUUUUGCUUGUUCUAUGUGAUGGCUGAGCUUUGGGGGAGCGUGGUCAUCUCGGUUCUGUUCUGGGGAUUUGCGAAUCAGAUUACUACUGUUGAGGAAGCCAAAGAAUUCUAUCCUUUAUUUGGCCUUGGAGCUAAUAUAGCUCUUAUUUUCUCUGGUCGGACUGUGAAGUACUUCUCCAACCUGAGGAAAACAUUGGGCCCUGGUGUUGAUGGUUGGGCAAUAUCUCUUAAAGGAAUGAUGAGCAUUGUAGUUCUUCUUGGUUUUGUGAUCUGUGGAAUCUACUGGGGCGUGAAUAGGUUUAUUGUCAAUGAUCCUUCUGUUCCUAGAACCGAGCGCAAAAAGAAGGAAAAGCCCAAGCUAGGUAUGGGAGAGAGCUUGAAAGUUCUGAUCUCUUCUAGAUAUGUGAGGGAUCUGGCCACUUUGGUUGUAGCAUAUGGUAUUAGCAUCAAUCUUGUUGAAGUAACAUGGAAAUCAAAGCUUAAGGCACAGUUCCCCAGCCCUAAUGAGUACUCAUCAUUCAUGGGUGAUUUCUCCACCGCUACCGGCAUUGCAACUUUUACAAUGAUGCUGCUGGGAAGAGUGAUACUUAGAAAAUUUGGAUGGGGUGUUGCAGCCAUGAUUACACCUACAGUUUUGCUGCUCACUGGAGUUGGUUUCUUCUCUCUAAUUUUGUUUGGCGAGCCACUUGUCCCUUUAUUGGCACAAGUUGGCAUGACUCCUCUUCUUGCAGCUGUUUAUGUUGGUGCACUACAGAAUAUUUUCAGUAAAAGUGCAAAAUACAGCUUGUUUGAUCCUUGCAAGGAAAUGGCUUAUAUACCUUUGGAUGAAGAGAUGAAGGUUAAAGGGAAAGCAGCCAUUGAUGUUGUUUGCAAUCCCUUGGGAAAGUCAGGUGGUGCUUUGAUUCAACAGUUCAUGAUAUUAACAUUUGGCUCUCUAGCAAACUCUACUCCCUAUCUUGGAGGAAUACUAUUGGUAAUUGUUCUUGCUUGGUUGGGGGCUGCCAGAUCUCUGGAUUCCCAAUUCUCUCCAUUAGCCAAACAAGAGGUAGAGAAAGAGAGGGUGAAGGAAAAGGCCAAGGAACCUGUGAUUGAAGUUUCUGCAAAAGAAGUUAGUAGCUUGGUGGAGAAGGAAGAUAAUGGUUCUCUUGCUGAACCUAAAUCAUCAAAUGGUUCAGCUUUGCAACAGAAAACAGCUUCAGAGCCUGAAACCCCCAGCCAACUUCCGCAGUAAGGAUUCCUUCAGAAAUUUUCGGGUCUCAAUACCCUGAAAGGUUGGUUUAGAUAUUCAAAUGAUUCUGGGAAAGAUAUGAUGAUUAGGUGAUGCAUAAACUUACAAUCAUCAUGUAGUGAUAGUAGUGGGAGGUAUAGUAGUGAUUUCUUUGUCUGUUUUUGAAAUGAAAUAAACUGACUUAGCACUUAUAGUAGUGAUUUCUUUCUGUUUUUGAAAUGAAAUAAACUGUCUUAGCAAUUACUUCAUUCAUGCAUGUACUUUUAUCGAUCAGUCUUUGAGAAUCACUGUUGUUACAUUUGUAA